CAAACGGCGAGAACACACCGGAAGUUAAAAAAAAAAAAAACAGAGCUGCUGAGAUUUUUGCUUGCUGUUAUUUGUGCAAUUUUACACUAUGACCGAGCCUGAUUUGUACACACUAUAUAAAGGGGUGUUACUGCCCACUCUUGUACACCCUCCGCAGAGUUUAAAGCGGUUCGAGAUGUUCACCUUUCGCCCAGAUGACAUCGUUAUUAUAACUUACCCCAAGUCAGGUACAACUUGGAUGCAGGAGAUUGUUCCCUUGAUUGUGAGCGGCGGAGAGCCUGCUUCAGUGGAGAGUCUCCACAACUGGGAUCGUGUUCCCUGGCUGGAGGUGGCUCGUACUUGCAGCCUCAAUCUUGAUUCCAGGCCAUCACCACGCAUGUUCACUACACAUUUCCUUCCCCAUAUGAUGCCGCCAUCUUUCUUCCAAGUUAAACCGAAGGUCAUCUAUGUCAUAAGGAACCCCAAAGAUGUGUUUGUAUCAUCCUUUCAUUAUUGUGCGAUGGCCUCCUUCUUGGCUGACCCUGGACCACAGAAUGAGUUUCUCCAAAAGUUCCUUAAAGGAGAAGUCAUGUUUGGUUCAUGGUUUAAUCAUGUAAAGGCCUGGCUAAAUUAUAAAGAGCGAAUAUUUUACAUCUGCUACGAAGAAAUGAUAAAGGAUCUUGAAGGAUCUGUGUCCAGAAUCGCUCUGUUCCUGGAGAAAACCUUGGACAAUGAUGUGAUCGGCGCAAUAGCAGAGCGAUGCAUGUUCAAGAACAUGAAAAAGAACAACAUGUCAAACUACUCCGCAGUUCCCAACGAUAUCAUGGACACCUCAAAGUCAGAAUUUCUCAGGAAAGGAAUUGUUGGAGAUUGGAAAAACCUAUUGACAGUUGCAGAAGUGGAGAACUUCGAUACUGUUUACGCAGAGAACAUGAAAGAUGUCGAUUAUAAAUUUGCAUGGGAUUAAAAAAACCUUUUUCACCUUUUUUAACCUUGUGUGUGGAGGUGGUGGGGUGGGGGUGUUGGUAAUGAUUGAUGACUCAGAAGGAUUACUCAAGUACCUCUUGGAAUCUGUGACCAAGAGGCUUCUAAAUGCCAGGAAACAAUUUGAUAUCUUAAAAUGAUUUCUGGUGAAUAUUUUUGACAAAUAAUUGCAUCCUGUUUCUACAUAAUGAGCGAUACUAGCACAUUUUGAAGUCGAGUAAGCAGAGGCUUACCGUUGCCUACUGCUGAAGAAAUCAAAAUUUUAUUUUAUGAUUUUUAAAUUUUUAUUCUACCAAAUGUUAGGUAAAAAAUUAACUUCCUCUCAUUCAAAACUUCUUAUCCUGCAAUUCACGAUUUUUUUUUAAAUCCCUGUCAAAAAAAAGUUGCUAGUGUCAUGGUUUACUCACAGUUUGUGAUGGGAAGAUUACUUUGGAAAUGUAGUAGCAAGUUAUGUUUUUAUAGUCAGAAAAGUAUGACGUGUUUGAGACUGGCCAAAGGAUAGAUGACCAAUGAGUACCAGUCACAAGUACCAGCUUUAAGAAGAGGAAGUGAUGUGAAAAAACCCUCACCUUUUGGAUCUAUUUUUCAAAUGUAACUAAAAUUAUCACUUACAUUUCGAAAAGCAACUAAUCUAUUUACUGUACAUAUAUCCUCCCAAUAAUGUAAUGGAUUACAAUUGCAUACAUUUUAUUGUAGAUUUUUUUUCUGAAUUUUUAACGCCUCUCUAUGCAUGCUUCCAUCUCAGCAGUUUGAAUAUAAGAAGAAAUAAAAUAGAUUUCUCCCUCAAUG